ACACAUUUUAAUAAAUUAUAAAAAAGUGAAGAUGAAUUCAUCCAAUGAAUAUGAAGAAGCUAUGAAAAUUGCUUCUGAAUUAAGUAUUGACAAGCUACAUUCAUUUCCAGGCAAUGACACAUCUCCAUCUGGAGAGAAAAUGCUUUAUUCAAGUCCAAACUCGACUGUGUAUCUGGAUAGCCUAUCGUCAGAAAGUGAACUCAAUAUGAAUAAUUCUCCAAGGAAGGUAAAGGAACUCUGAGUUGUAAAGACAGUAAAAGGACAAGCCUUCUGCUACUUGUUAGGGAAGGAAUACAGAAUCUUAAAGGAGCUCGACCAUCCUCAUAUCAUCAAACCGAUAGAAUUUAACCAGACAAAGACAUUACAGGAGCAGUCUGCGAGUCUCUAUUUACCUUACUAUUCCAAAGGAGAGCUCUUUCAGUUGGUGAAGUCAAAGAAUGGGCUAGGAGAAUCCCUUUCUUGAAGUUAUCUCAAGCAGAUUUCAUCUGCCAUUGAAUAUCUUCAUGAACUGAAUAUUGCUCAUCGUGAUAUAAAGCUCGAGAAUAUUCUGGUGGACGAUGAAGCUAACGCAAAAGUUAUUGAUUUUGGAUUUUGCUACCUUUCUGAGUAUCAGACUGAAGAAGAACAUAGCAAAGAUAUACAAACAAGAGUACUAGAAAGUAGUAUUGAAGCUAACAUUAUGGGUACAGCUGCUUAUCUUUCUCCUGAGUUGAUCGAACUUACAAGCAAUGGAGGUCUCUCGAUUUGUGAUUCCCCUGACAAAAUAGCAGAAAAAUUAGAUAUUCUGAAAGCAGGAGACAUCUUUGCACUCGGAGUAACACUUUUCACCAUGGUUACAGGAGUUGCGCCAUUUGCAUCAGCAACUAAAAAUGACGCAAACUACAGAGCACUACUCCUUGGAAAAAGAAAGAAGUGUGACUGGUUCUGGAAGAAACAUAUCAUUGCAAAAAGUAUGACGGAAAAAGGAUUAUUAUCUGAGGAGUUUAAAAACCUUGUUGAAGGAAUGUUAGAUCCAAACCCUUCAGAUAGGCUAACCAUUUUCUCAGUGGUUAACCAUCCAUGGAUGAGCAAAUUUAUCAAUCCGGCAUCAGAAGAAACGAAUCAAGUUCUGUGAUAGAAUAUUUCUCGGACCGAAUUCUUUUAAAGGUCAGGAAUUUAUCAGGAUAUUUAUUC